AACCCAACUGAACUCCAUACUCCCCUCCACACCUUCAUCUCUUCCUAGUCUUCUCCCCUCCAACCAACAUAUACAUAAACAACAUGGAUGAAAAGUUCUUAUUUCCAUAUGAUGACGACAUGCUCUCCCAACACCCCCAACCACCCUUCCUCUCCUCCCCUGCUCCCCCCCAGACGGAGCCUCCCUCCUGCCAAGAUCGUCUCCAGCAUGACAGCAUCAGCUCUCAGAUCUCCUCCGCCCGCGUCGCGCUCGUCUGCCCUCGCAAGAAGAAGGCAGGCCCUGGCCAGUCUCCCCGACAGCCCGACGACCCGGUCGUGCUGACGAGAGAGCUUCUGGAGGGCCUCUUCGAUCGCUCGCUCGCUGCGGCAUCGGAGGCGCUUGGGAUCUGCCCUACGGCCAUCAAGAAAGCCUGCAGGAGGCUCGGGAUCGACAAGUGGCCUUUCAAGGGGCCGGCAGGGAGGUCCAGCAAGCCACCUACCCCGCCAUCCUCGUCGGCCAUGUCGGGAGGGUGUGUGGCAUCGGUGGAGGUGUCAGCGUGCGAGGACCUGCCGCUAUCAAGCCAUGACGUUUGUUCGCUUGAGAUCGUUCCGUCGAAGUGCGAAUUUUUGCAGUGCAAAACUAAGCCGAGUGAAUUUUUUUCCUGUUUCAGCUUUGAAGGCCAUUCAAGGACACUGCAAGAUAAGAUCGACGAUCCUCACUGCACGGAGACCCGCCAUUGCCCUCUUCUGCUUCAACGCCGAGACUCUCUCGACCAGUACGCGUCCAUGCUCGCCGUACCUCCAGGAGAGGAGGGGCAAGGCGACGCCGUGUUCUGGAAGGAGCUGCUGGGGAUGCUGCCGGAGGAGGUGAAGGGGAAGAGGGUGGAGGCCGACUUUGACUUUUCCUGUCGUUUAUGAUCUUGCGUGGAUCAUGGAUAACCAUGUUUACUUGCGAGGCAUACCAUAUCAUGUUAUAUGUUUGCUCAAUAAAACUUGAAGAUGUUG